ACUCGCUGGCUGGCUGCAGGUGCGUUCGAAGCGCUGGAGGGGCCCCGGCUGGCUGGAAGUGGCUGCUCAUCUGGUUUCCAAUGUCAGGAACACCCAGCAAGACUUCAAAUGGCAAUCAUGGCAAAGGCAAUCUUGGGCCCUUGAGAACGUUCUAAGGCGAGAACGCUGCUUGGAACUGUGUCUGGAGACAGAGUAAAAGGAGAAAUCGUAAAUCCAACUUACCUCGGCGAAAAUGGCUUUAGGCAAUCUUACAUCAACGGCUGUGUCACUUUACGAUGAAUGGAUUAAAAGUGCUGAUCCGCGAGUUGAAGGUUACCCGCUCAUGGCUUCACCUUUUCCACAGACUUUUAUUAUUGCAGCCUAUAUAUAUUUUGUCACUAAUUUGGGACCAAAGCUCAUGGAGAACAGGAAGCCUUUUGAACUAAGAGAACUAAUGGUUGCCUACAACUUUGGUGUAGUGGCUCUUUCACUUUAUAUGACUUACGAAUUUCUCAUGUCUGGCUGGGCCACAGGUUAUUCAUAUGGUUGUGACCUUGUUGAUUACUCUUCAUCACCUAUGGCUUUAAGGAUGCUUCGAGUCUGCUGGCUAUAUUACUUCUCCAAAUUCAUCGAAUUGCUGGACACAGUCUUCUUUGUCCUGCGAAAGAAAAAUGGCCAAGUUACAUUCCUACAUGUCUUCCAUCACUCAAUCAUGCCUUGGACCUGGUGGUUUGGAGUCAAAUUUGCUGCAGGUGGCUUAGGAACAUUCCAUGGUAUGAUAAAUGCCAUUGUGCAUGUAAUUAUGUAUACUUACUAUGCCCUCAGUUCCUUGGGGCCAUCGUUUCAUAAGUACUUAUGGUGGAAAAAGCAUAUGACAUCUAUACAACUUAUCCAGUUCAUUAUGGUUACCUCCCAUAUAGGACACAUCUACUUAAUGGACAACUGCCAAUAUCAGUACCCCAUCUUUAUGUUCAUUAUUGGGCUAUAUGGACUGGUAUUUUUAAUCCUGUUUCUACACUUCUGGUACCAUGCCUACACUAAAGGCAAGAGACCGCCCAAGUCUCUUAAAAAUGGUGUUAGCAAAAACAAAGCUGAAUGAAGCACACUGCUACAACAAACCUGAGUUUUUCUGACUUGUACUACUUGACAAUCAAGAUGCUUAGGUGCUCAGCACCCUGUAUGUUUUGUACAUGUUUUUCCUAAACAACAACAAAAGCCUUGUAUUUUUACUAUAAAUUAUUUGGGUUGUAAUGGUGAUGUGGGAGGGAAGGUAAAGCCUACUGAUUGGAAAACACUGGCCUGUCAUUUUUAGCAGCUUUGCACAUAUGAGAAAUAUUUCCUAUGGAUCAAAGAAAUGAGUACUUAAUGGCCGUUUCUUGGAAAGACGUGCCUAUGUAUUCAUUGUAGAAAUGAAGUGUAUCUGACAAGUAUUUGGCAGUACUUUGAACACUGACAAGAUACAAAAUAGGUUAGGUUGUGGGCUGUUUUUAAUUGACAUGGAGUAAAAUGUAAUGAAAACUUAAUGGACCAUAAAGGUCACUGUCAGUACAUUGCCUGUGAACAUUAAUGUAUUUUGUACAAACUGUACCAUAUUAAAGUCCAUGAUUCUUAA